GGACUCUUCGGCCUGAAGCAAGGUAUCUUCCUAACAAUAAACUGAGUGUGAAGAGAAGGGGAAGAAGAACGCCAACGUCACGAGUGUCAUCGCCUCCAAAGCGAGGCUAUCUACAUCGAGAAUCUCCCAGUCAACCACUACACCUGAAUCACACCUUCUCGUCGAGAUCGAAAGACAAAGCACUUAGACGGAACGUCAACAUGCAGCCACCAAAAACCACCGUCCGUCCCAUCCAGCGGUUUGCCUCGGCCGUGUCCAAGUGCUCCGUCGAGUCCGCCGCCUACGGCAAAUGCAUCCUAGCAGACUACAACUCCGUCCACAAGGACAUGUGCGUCAAGGAGUUUAUGCGCUUGAAGGAUUGUUACUUGUUGGCCGCCAAGAAAGCAUAGCUUACCUAGUCUGCCUCUAGGUAAACCACAAGACAUCAAGUACCAGAA